UUUUUUUCACUGCAAGUACUGCAAUAAGUAUAGGCGGAAAAAAGAAAACAAGUCAACACUCAAUACCUCAACAGUGUGGAUAUGAUCAGCGCCAGUGUAAGGAAAAGUCCACGCAGGGUGCCAGGGUGACAACUGCACAGUGUGUCUAAUGACGUUUCGUUCAUUGGUUAAUUUGUAUCGACGCAACAAAAGUUUGCACAUAUAAUUAAGAAGAAUAAGAAGAAUUGUUAAACGUACAACGGAGAGAUCUUCUUAACCUCGUAAGGUGACGCGAUAUAUUUUGGAUCAGAUCGUUUGACAGUUCAUACGGUUCGGAGUAUCAUCCGACAAUGGCAUUCACAAAUAUUUUAUUGUUGAGUCAAGUGGCAGGAUACAUAGUUGCUCUUAUUCUUUCGUUGUGCAUUAUUGUGCCCAUGAGUCUGCACGAAGAUGAAUUCAGGGGACACUGUCUGCUAUUUUCUACUGGCAAUUGGAGAGAGAACGAUGGGCAGUUUGUGCCCGACUGGUCCUACAAAAUAUAUUGCAACUACACCAUUAUGGUUGGGUUGAUAAUUCUUUUUGUUACAGCUAUACAAAUCUACAGGAUGUCUAUGCUCAUGUACAAAGGAGAGGACAGUUCAUUCCUAUCCGCUUUCAUAGAUGUUGUUACAUCAAUUUUUAUCACGAUUCUUACUUUAAUUGCUGCGGUAAUUAUCACUUUAGGCUUUAUGACAUGGUGUCAAUGCAUGACCAAAAGAUUUCCAUCUUGCGAACUGGCAGCAGGUAACGACAUCGACAAAGCUGAUGAUAUAAAUACAACUGGGUUCCACAUAGAGUUAGGUGUUGCGCAGUUUGGAUCUUGGAGUAGCUUAUCUAUUUGGGUGGGUCUUUCUGUAUUUGCAACAUUAAAAUUGCUAAGUUAUCAUCAGAUUGAAAACAUGAAGGUUUCCAUGUACAGAGAAAGGCAGAGAUUGAUCGAGGCUGCUAGCAGUGGUCAGCCAGAUAUUUAAAAAAAAAAAAAUCAAGUCUAUCUGUUUGUUUUGUACAAAGUAUUAUUACUAUUUGAAAGCGUGAUCCUAAUGUUAUUUGUUGCUUAGAGAAUUAUUUUAUCCCAUUAACUUUAAUCAUAGCUUUAAUCGUGGUACUGCAUGAAACUGUUAAUAUACCUCAUACAUAUCACAAUGACGCAAAUCAAAUCAAUGCUUCA